GUUUGCAAUGCCAACGGUUCCUUCAUCUACACCUGCACCACUACCAACAAAACAAGAAAAGUUUGCAAUGCCAACGGUUCCUUCAUCCACACCUGCACCACUGCCAACAAAACAAGUAAAUGCGAUAGAAACACCAACGAGCUCUAUAGCAACGACUCCAGAAAAAUCUGAUGUUAAACAGAAUGAAAAUGAAAAGCUAUCCAUGCCUACCACACCUUCCCUACCUUCCUCUACACCAGCCCCUCUUCCUACUGAACAAGUCUCACCUAAGACUGAGAGUAAUUUAGCAAGUCCAACCAGUCCUCCUGCCUUGGUGCCUACAAAAUCAGAUGCAGAGAAACCAGAUACUUCUAGUAAGUCCAAACCUUCUGUUAAAGCAUCACCAACAAAAUCUGUCGCUCCUAAAGCAGCCCCAACAUCGUCAUCACUUAUUUCCGCUAAGAAGGAACCUACAAUGCCCGCAAAAGAGCUCCCUGUGGAAUCUGUGGGCUCUCGUCGUUCAAACAUCACAGCUGUAAGAUCUGAUCCUCUAGAAGAAUUUGAUGACAAAUCAAAGAAAGCAAAAGCAAUUCCAAAAAACGAAGUCAAGAAAGAAUAUAAACAAUCAAAAGAAGAUGAAAUCGUACAGGAUGUCCUUGAAAAAGCCAAUAUAUUUAACCAAAGCGAUAGCGAUGAUACCGUACUACAAGUGGCCAAGUUAUUUAAUAACCAAAGUGUUGCUGAAGACAGUGUACAUGAAGUCAGCGAUUCGCCGAAGAACCACGAAAGCUCCAAAACAAAACAAGAUGUGCUUCCUAAACAAAAACCUGUGUCAUACACAAGAACACAGCCAGCAUCAAGUAUACUUGGAAAAGUGUGCAAAGCCCGUGUAGACCUGGUGUUUCUGCUGGAUGGAUCCCAAGCCAGUGAUAAAAUGCACUUUACAAAAUCCUUGACAUUUGUUAAGGAUCUCAUCAAGUCGUUCAGUGUUUCCAAGGAUGAUGCACAUGUCUCCGUAGCCGUGUGUUCAGAGAAGCCACAUAUUCUGUUUGACUUGAAUGCGUUCACUGAUCAUAGAAGUAUAGAGAGAGCAAUGAGUUCUGUUGCUUACCCAAGUGGGAAGAUGUUUGCAGGUGGAUGUUUAAAAACGAUCAAAUCAGCCAUAUUCGAAAACAGUGGUCGACAUGGCGUGCCAAAAAUCCUCUACUUCAUGUCUAGCGGAGGCUCCAACGACCACGUCGCCCUUCCAUCAAGAGCUCUGAGAGAUUUGAGCGUCCAAGUGUUCUCAUUGGGGCUUGGUACCAAGUAUAAUGCCAGGGAAUUAAAAGAAAUUGCAACCGCGCCAUAUAGUGAUCACGUGUUAGCGACACGGUAUGAAAUACUCGGACUUCUUCGACCUUUUGUUACAGCGCAGCUGUGUAGAGGAUCUGGCGGAAAGCUGGUUCUCAAACCUCACAAGAAGCCCUUGGUAAAACCUAACGAGAAGCAUUUGGAACACACCGAGCGCCAAGUAAAAUCAAAAGUUCCAAUAAAAAAUGAAAGUAGCUUGAGGAAAAGUAUGUUGUUUAAACUGAAGGAGAAAGAAGAAAAGAAAAAGGCUGCAUUAAAGGCGGAUAUCAGGAAAAAGCUUCACAUUCUUCUUUCAAAACUUGGUCGGAAGUUCCAUAACGAAAAUGCCAUUUAUCGUUCAAUUGUCUAUAACAUCAAUGGACACAGAGAUGCUGGCUGCAAAGACUACCAUGUUCUCUGCAAGACAUGGGGCAAGCAAGGAUACUGCAAAACGUCCUCCAAGCAUGGAAUCGACGCUUAUUCCGUACAGCGGGUUUGCCCCAAAACAUGCGUAGUUUGUUACCCAUAGACUAUGCAAUUUUUYUUCGCUUUGAUACAAGACGAGUUCCACAACUGCAUGAUAAAUACACUCAUUUUUUAAUCAUUUMAUCAGUUUUACUAAGUUAAAGUAAUGAUCACUCAGUUACCAGAGCGUUUUUUCUUGUUUCCGUGGCCCGCGUUGCUUGGUGGUCUGCGGACAACAAAAAAACCGCUGAUCUCUAAGCAUCGCAGGCUAAUCUACGACCCAGACAACCGUGACAACUUAUGAAUGCGGCUCAUUUCUUGUGUUUGUUUUAAAUUAAUUUCUCUUCGAAUUUUGAAUUUUGAACGGACUGACUUCGUAAAAACCUGAUUGACUCAAAAAAGGAAAAGCGUUCUAAUUUAUAGAUUCAUGAUAAUUUAAAGAAUUAGCUGAGUUCGUUAUUUCUUUAUUAAUAAUAAUAAUAGUUUACUAUUUGUAUUGCGCAAUUUAUCAUGUUAAUCAGUGAUCAACUGUGCAUUACAUAUAGGUACACUAAAAUACUAGGCAUAAAAUCUCUAAAAAACUACAAAAAGAGUAUAUAAAAGAUUUAAUAACUAAGGUCCAGUUUAGACGUCGAAUCCCGCACGCACCGAAUCCAAUGCAGACAAACCAAACAUUACUAUGCCCAUCUGCACUAGGCCCGGUUUUAUUGACGCAACAAAACAAGCGCGCCUGCAAUUUCGGAAGGUCACCGGAAAAGCAAAAAGCGUCCUAAGUGUUCUGUUCAUCUUGAAUGCCUUUGUCAUUAUGAUUCUCUUGAAUUUCAAUAAAAAUUAUAAUUACCACA